ACUCGGCUCGCACAGCAGCGCGGAGUCUGGAUGGCUACUGGCCGGGCUGAGAGCAGGCUGUGAAGCCCUCUCCUCUCCCGGCGUCGGGGGGGCCUGCCUGGCACCCCGGCUGCGACCCUGCUGCCUUCCUUGGGCUGCGCGCUCCCUCCCCCCUGCCCUCGGCUGGCCGGUCCCUUAUUCGCCAUAGCGCCCGGUCCCUACGCCCGCCCGCCCGCCCGCCAUGCCCUCGGGAGGCCUCUCCGCUGUGCUGCUGCUGGCCACCAUGGGCCUGUGUGUCAGCGACGAAGCCAUCCACUGCCCGCCCUGCUCGGAGGAGAAGCUGACCCGCUGCAAGGCGCCCGUGGGCUGCGAGGAGCUGGUGCGGGAGCCGGGCUGCGGGUGCUGCGCCACCUGCGCCCUGAGCAAAGGGACGCCCUGUGGGGUUUACACGGCCCGCUGCGGCUCGGGGCUGCGCUGCUACCCACCCCGCGGGGUGGAGAAACCCCUGCAUACGCUGAUGCACGGGCAGGGGGUCUGCACUGAACUCUCUGAGAUCGAGUCCCUGCAGGAGAGCCUCCAGCCGGCAGAUAAGGAGGAGAUCGACCACCCCAACAACAGCUUCAGCCCAUGUAGCAUCCAAGACAGGAAAUGUCUCCUGAAGCAGCAGGCAAAAACCCGCGACCGGGUGAACAGUGGCGUGAAGAUGAGGAGCAACGGGAACUUGCAUCAUCGGGAGGAGACAAGGCAGAUAGCCCAGGGGUCGUGCCAGAGCGAGCUGCACCGAGCACUGGAGAGACUGGCCGCAUCCCAGACCCGCACCCAUGAGGACUUGUAUAUCAUCCCCAUCCCGAACUGUGAUCGCAAUGGGAACUUCCACCCCAAACAGUGUCACCCGGCCCUGGACGGGCAGCGUGGGAAGUGUUGGUGCGUGGACCGGAAAACUGGCAUCAAGCUGUCGGGAAGCCCAGAGCUGAAGGGCGACCUGGAUUGCCACCAGUCCGUGGACGGCGUGCGAGAGUGACUCGGCGGUAAACGGGGGACAGGGAGAUUUCCUUGGCGACCGGCCGGGGCCGAGCCAACCCAUUGGUGCUGUUUCUGAGUGGAAAGGAAGGGGACACGACCACAAACAAACCUCGCUGGGUUCGGGGGAUGCCAAGAUGUGCUAAUGCCCUCGCGCCCCCUGCACCUCAGAGCCGCUCUGCCCUGCACCACCUGCCCGCGGGCCCCUUGAUUCCGACACUGCAAUUCUACCCUGGGCUCUGUGCAUGGACACGGGCCGCCCCGGCUGAAAGGGGGGUGGGGCUAGGCCUCCAGGCCAACAUGACCACUAGCAACGAGUAGCUCUAGGGACGUCACACUCAGGGGUAUGUUACCCCUCAGCCUCUUCGGCCCCGGCCCCCGGCCAGCCUCCCAGUGUGACCCCUCCUAACCCGCACAACUUCCCACUUUGCUCUCGCUUGCCCCAGCUAGCGGGGGCUUCGUGGAUUUGUGGCUUUGCUGGCCCUGGGGCUGUCUCUGGGGCAGGUGCGGGGAUGUGCUGCGGCAGCCAGAGGGAAGGAGAGGCUCUUUCUCGAUCACUUUGCCAAAGUCCGAUGACGGAGAGCAACAGACACAAGCCCCCAGGGUUGCCUCAGUGCUGCCGCCAAGUAUCUGCCUUAUAUUAGAUGCCGGGUCAUGGCCCCACUCAGGGUGGCUGCAGGACUGUUGGAUUCGCAGCCCUACCCCCUACUGCCCCCGUUUUUUCAAUGUGGUUUCACCAUAUUGUGUGCUAGGAUUUCCUGCAUUCCCAUGCCCUUUCUCCUGUGCCUGCCAGAUUAAGGCGUGGGGACUACAGGCUUGUAUCUAGGGCCCCAGCACUGGGAGCCAUGUCAUUGCAUCCGAAUCUCCGCUUUCAUUUGGCAGAAGAAGAAGUAAGUUGCUAACCCUCAUGAUGGCAGAGAAACGCGCAAUGAUAUGACCCAAGUGCUACUUACGGAUGCAGUGAGAUCUUCCUGAGUCUUCAGACAGCCUGAAACAAGAGCUCGGAGAGGGGGGCCUGCUCUGAUUAUUUCAAUGGGGUGUUAACUCCAGGCCCUGCCACUUUGGGGGCCCUGCCAACCCCACCCCAGCAGAGGACUCUGUAUGGCAGGAAGAGACGCGUGCAGUGGGCCGGUUCCCCUUCGCCCCAAACAGAUACACCCCGGCAGGUCAGGUAAGUACUGGGGAGGGGGGGGCCUUGCUGUCAUGCCUGCCUGUCUAGGGAGGAGGGGAGUGCCAGCCCUCCCCAAGAGGAGUACUAAUGGGCUGCCCACCAGACAGUUCAUGUGUGGGUGAUUGGGGGGCUGAGCAAGGAGAGGCCCCUUGUUGCGAUGUGCCCGGGCUCCUAAAUUGUGUUGAUGUGGCCUGUUGACACAUGGGGCAGCAUGUACCUGUGUCAGUGAUCUAUGUGUUGGUGGGAGCGUACGGGGUGGGUGACAGGAGACGUCUGAGAAGGUCUCAGGGAGGCAGGUAGCAAAGGACACAAGAUCCCUCUCCAGCUUUUCCUGGCUCGUCACUCGCACUUACUGUGAGCCCCACGAGAUCUGCCUCUCAGAGUCCCCGCAGUCAUGCGAUUCGGGGAGAACUCUGGCAUGCCUUUAACAAGCGGGACAUUUCUUGCCCUGCUGGCUGCAGGGAAAAGCCUGAACGCUGACCCAGGGGCACCCGAAAGGCUGCAAACCCAGAAGACGAAUAAAACGAGACCCAAACCGAUCGCUUUUAGAUCUCCCUUUUUUUAAGCCAGCCUCGCCAUGUUUUGAGGCUGGCCACCUGGUUUUGGGCUGCGUGGAGCUGCCCUCCCCCCCCCCCACAUGCAGCGGGGCCCCUGUGCUCAGCCUCAUGGCGGUGCCACUGCAGGCAGCCGUGAGAACGUAUGGGGUGGGGGGAGUCGCAGGGUUAUUUCUCAGCACAGCCCAGGAACACUGUCAUCUCCCCACAAUAGGACCUUCCUCCUUAUUCAGAGCUAAGGCAAAGUUUCUCCUGCAAAGCCCUGGUUUGCGGGAGCAGAUGGACAGCGGGUGGUGGGGAUCGGCCGCGCUGGAGCUGUCCUGCCCCCUCUAACGGCCAGGCGACGCGUGUUGUGUCUAGGGUUGCCAACUUUCUAGUUGCACAAAACCGGACACCCUAACCCCGCCCCUUCCCCGAGGCCCCGUCCCCGCUCACUACAUUCCCCCUCCCUCGGUGGCUCGCCCUCCCCCACCCUCACUCACUUUCAUUGGGCUGGGGCAGGAGGUUGGGGUGCGGGAGGGGGGUGCGGGCUCCGGGGUGGGGCCAGAAAUGGGGAGUUGAGAGUGCGGGAGGGAGCUCUGGGCUGGGGCACGGAGUUGGGGUGGAGGAGGGGGUGAGGGCUCCGGCUGGGGGUGCGGGUUCCAGGGUGUAUCUAGGCAGGCAGAGGGUGCAUUUGGAGACAGGCUCUCCCUGUCCGGAGAAUCGUGUACAGGGCCUGAAACGUCUGACCUGGGCUCCCUACCUUUGGCGAUCUAUGCCAAUGACCUGCGACGGGGAGCCUGUGAGCGGGCCCCACUCCCUGCUGGAGGUCUGGGGUUUCAGGGCACGUCCCUGUGGAAGCCAGGGGCAGAUAAGAUAGAUUCGGAAGCAGUUCGUUGUUUCUGGGUGGCCGGUGAGGUCCAGGCCUGGUUUGUUUUCCACUGGAAAACACAACAGGCUGCAGGAGGUAGAAGCCAGGCAGACAAGGUCCCUGACAGCACAAAUCCAAGCCAAACCUGACAGCUUGCUCACCCCCUACCUCCCUGGGCUCCAGCGGGGACAGCAGCUUCCUGGAGCGAGUGCUAGGGGAGCGUGAAGGCAGCAGCUCUUAGUGGGAGCCCAGCUUCGGAGACAGCUGUGGAAAAGGAUAGAGCCAGGGGCUCUCAGCCUAUUCUGCCCUGCAGAUCCCUUCCCAUCUAGCCGGCCUCGCUGUGGCUGCGUGGAGCUCCGUGCCUUGAGGUACAGCUGCAUUCGCAGCCUUGUGGAUACUCUCACAGCUUCUCCUCUUCCUCAAGGGCUGGUUGGGUCCAGCUCUCUGGGCUCUUACGUUGGUGCCCCUCAUUGUGGUAUCUGCAGUGGCCACCCCAUCAGAAGUAAAGCCAACAGUACCAGAAAUUUGUCAUUGACGUGGGCUUCCAACAAAAAAUGGGCUAAAUGCAAACGGUUCAGGAACGGGUGGAUUUCAGCUAAAUUUCAUUCCGAAGCAUUAUCAUGUCGAAAUGUUCCAUUUUGACAGAUUCCAAACGGACUGCUUCGACUUUUUGAUUUUUAAUUUCAAAACGACUUUUCCAAAGGAAAUUCCGGGGGGAUUAUAUUUAAAAAUGAGCUGAAAUGGGCAAAAGCAGAGCAAACUCUUUUGAAUUUAUCAAAACGAAUCAUUUUGAUGAACCCAGAAUUAAAUUUUUUCGGAAUUUUGUUGCGUGGGAUGUUUAAUUUUUGGUUUGGUUGGGUUUGGGUCUAUUGCAGAACAGCAAAAAUGCCAGAGUCAUGGAAUUUCCCAUGAAAUGGAAAAUCCAGGCCUGGCCUAGCUCUGAAUAACAGUGAGGUUUUUCCUCCUUGCCUGCAAGCGAGAAGUGGUCUAGGUUUUUUAAAAGUGAGGAUUAUCUGUAGGAAAGCACAAGAUCUGCUGUGAAUGGGGAGCUAUUCCAGGGUUGGGGGGCAGGGAGGGCGCUGGGUUUAGCUGUGAGUGUAAUGAGGUGCAGUAUCUUAUCUCCUGUGGCAGUGAGUUCCGUAGUCUAAGCGCCAGCUCAGGUCCUGGCUUAGAGCUUCCUGCUCUUCGAUGGAAGUUUCAUUGUUCCCAUGGAAUACAGCUACUGUGGAAGUUCAGGGUCGAGGGGGUGGGGGGUGGAGGGAAUCUCUCAGGUAGCCAGGACCAAUCCCACAGAGAGCUUGGAUUAUCAGGCAAGGACCUUGAACUGGGCUCUGUAUUUCAGAUUAUUCUUUGGCUUUCCCCGUUUGUGUAACAAUGACAUACAGUGUAAACAGCGCACAUACACAACCCCUCCCCCAUUGCACCACCCCACUGCACACACCCUUCAGGUGGUGGGUUUUGAAUUUGGUCAGCUUCCAGGGUGGGACAAAGAAACAUUUAAAAAGAGCUCUAAGGAAGUAGAACAAGCCAAACCCCAGGGUCCGAUCCACCCCCACCUCCCUCCUUGUGGAGUCAUUGACAGGCGUGUGAAAUGUUCCCCAAAGUGGGCGCGUUUCACACUCAUUUUGCACGGGUUAUAGAUGAGGUGCAGUGUGUGUGUCUGUGGUUGUGGUGGGGGAGUAUCAGACCCAGAGUUUAUUAUUCUGUUUCUUUGUCAGCUCUCACCUUUCCGCUCACCCACCUUCACAUAAUGAUUACUCAGCCUGGGGGGUUUCCCAGCCUAGCCCUGGAGAAAGAGGCCGUCCUUUGCACCACAGAAAGGAGAGGGCAGCCGGAGAGUUAAGCAGGGCUCCUCAGGUGGCCAGAAGAGGAAUGUGUGUAGGUGCGUGUUUGUGAAUGGAGCUGGGCUGGCUGAGUGUGUGUUAUUGUGGAUGUGGGGGGCGGGUCAUUCCGUAAACAUGCCCCCCGCUUCCAGAGCAGAAUGACUCUCUCCCUUCAGCCAGCCUAUGGCUUUUCCCCACCACUCCCUUCAGGCUGCGCCUGAUCCCAAACACCAACCUUCAUCCCGGGUUCCACCUAGCGCCGGAAAUCAGGGGCGAGUUCAGGCCAGGAGUCAACACUCGCUUAUUUCACUUGUUGGCUGUGGUCAGAACAGUGAUGUAGGAAGGGCCCUGCCUUCGGCAGCGUUUCUGAGGUCAGGCUGCUGCUCUUCCUGGCAUCAAUAGGCUUUUACUCCUGCAGCAUGGCAGGCAGCUCUGGGAAAGCGUUUGUUGUGCCUGGUUCAUUGGCAUCUGAGCCCUGACUGCUGGUGGCCACAGAAGAGGCCGAACUUGUAGAACCUGCAGGAGUCUGUGGUGCCGGCAGCCUUGAAUUCUAAACUGAGCCACUUUGCUUGGGUAGCCCUCAAGUGGGGACCAGCAAGGGCCCGCACGGCCCCUCAUCCAACCCCUUGCUCAGGACUCACUCAAGCAAACCCGGGUGAAAAGCGAGGCCCUGGCCCUGGAGAAUUCUGAUCAGCAGCACACAAUGGACUAUGGGGUGUAGCCAAUCCCCGGGGCCAGCCACCAUGGGGUGACCUGGUCUCGCUAGCACACUAUGAAACCAGCACUGAAAUGAGGACAGACUCAGGCUGCCUUUGUGUUCAGCACCUUGGCUGCUUCCAGGAGGGACGAGGGUUGCGGAGGGUGUAUUUUCCAGGAGGUUCCUGUAACUCAGCCCAUAUCCUAUCUGCCCAUAACAGUCAGCCCUCUCUUCCCAUCACAUUCCAGAGUUCCCCAUCGGUUCAGCUUGGAUUCCCUCAGCUCCAGACACCAAGGGGUCUGUGCUGCUGAGAUCACAAGGGUCAGGAGCUACUUUCCCCCUGCAUUAUUGCUAGCCACGUUCCAGGGGUGAAAUUCAGCCCCGGGCAGAAGGCCAGCACCAGGCCUCUGCACCACACAGGUCUCCAGUGGGACGUACAUGCUGCUUAGAGCUUGGGCGGGCCUUCUGCGCUGGGGGGAAGGCCACCCUCUGGGUGUCACAGGACCACUCGAUUGCACAAGGGCUAAAUCUCUCACUUUUCCACUUCCGGCAUGUGGGGAGAUUCUGCUGCGUUUCACCUGCCAUCCUUUCCUCCUCCCCCUUUCCUGGUGAUCCUCCGAGUGACCAGCUGGGCUGCAGGCCGGUCAGGAACCUUCUAUGGGACAGCACACUCAGCAGCGCAGCAGGUGACUCCUUCGUGGAUUGAGCUGAUACAUUCAGCAUCAUAGCAGGUGUCUUCUGCCUGGACACACCGAGUACAGUUAGCUUCAUAGCAGGUCAAUCCUACCUGCUGCAUUUAGCACCAUCGCAGCUCUAUUCUGCCUGGACACACCUGGUACAGUUAGCUUCAUAGCAGGUGCAUCAUUGCUAGAUGUGCUUAGUACACUCAAUAGCGCAGCCGGGAUGGGCUGGCCAUGCCUGGCCUCAUGUAUUCCCUCUGGACACACCCAGGACACUUUCUAGACCCAGAUUAAGAAAAGACUUUCCUAGCUGGUUUCAUGAGGAGAGGGCGAGCACCUUAUAAAAAGCAACAGACUUUCCCAUUUAAUGGCAGCCUGGCCUAAAAACUAGUCUCUUUGGAAAAAAGGGAUAUGGCAUCUUGUGAGGGCAUUACAUUUUUUGUUCAUUAGAAAGCACCCUGGCAUAAAGGACUUGACAGUUGUAUCGCAUCUCUCUUUAGUUUCAUGCUGUAUUUACACAUGCUCAUUAUAGGAGGCUAAGGCCAGCUAAUCUCCUCAGUUUCUGCACCCACGUGCUUUUUUGUCAUUUGCUCAUCUGAGGGAUCCGUCGGUGCCUCGCUCUGAAAACCCUCUCUGUGUAGAGGCUAUUGCUUCUUUACCCAGUAAACUUGAACCUUUAUAUUGUCAAAAAGACAAUCAGUAAUUGCUCUAUUUAAUUGUCAUGGUUAUUUAAUGUGUUUCUCUUAAAUGUACUUUAUCUUUACAUCGCUUCAAAAAGCAAAAAGCAAAUGACAAAUGAACCCUACACAACUAAUCCUGUGGGUGCUGGGGUGUCAGCUGGGGCCUCUAAGCUGUGAUUUUCUAUGAUAUGAUUUGUACGUUAUAUGAAAUCCUAUAUGCUUUCUCAACCAGUCAAAUUAAAACAAAAACUACACGU